ACACCACAGAAAAAAAAACAAAUGUCAAAAAUAAUUGAUGCAGCGACGCCGUGUCAGCUUGUUAUUUUUACAGUGGUUUUCUUUCUAAAUAAUUGCAGUAUAGACGUUAAAUCCGUUUAUUUUUGUGACAAAUAAUACACACAACUCAUCCAGGAUGGCGACCAUAGGCCCAAAGAAGGAUGGAGGGCCUAAUAUCGAGUUUUUUCAGUCACCGGAAUCAUUAGCGCAAUUCGAUCAAAUUCGCGUUUGGCUUCAAAAGAAUUGCAAGAAACAUGUGCAGACAGAUCCCCCUACAAAAGAGGGCUUGGCUCAACUGGUUAUACAGCUCAUUCAGUAUCAAGAGAACAAAUUAGGGAAGAACUCUUCAGAUCCACCUUUUUUGAGGCUUCCGAUGAAAGCAUUCAUGGACAUGAAACCAGGCGGUUCCCUGUGCACCGUGCUCGCCACCAUGUUCCGCUUCAAGUCGGAGCAGCGGUGGCGCAAGUUCGACUUCCAGGUCGGUAAGAACCCCUCCCGCAAGGACCUGAACGUGCAGAUGAUGAUGGAGAUCGAGUCCUCGCUGCUUGGAGCUGAGAUCAUUCGCUCACCAGCAGUCUUCAUUCGCCCGGAUGUCGAUAAGGCUACCGCCAACAAGGUUAAGGACAUCGUUGUCAAUCACCAGGGAGAUAUUUGCGAAGACGAAGAAGACGCGACACACAUCGUGUACCCCACGGUGGACCCGCUGGAGGAGGAGUACGCGCGGCCGGUGUUCCGGCGCGGCAACCACGUGCUCGUGCACUGGUACUAUCUGCCCGACAGCCACGAUACCUGGGCGCAGGCUGACUUGCCCGUGGAUGUCCCAGAGACGGUAAGCUGGGAGUGCAGCCGCUCGGAGCCGUGGCGCGUGUCGGCGUCCUGGGUGCUGGACCUGCCGCAGUACAACGAGUGGAUGAACGAGGAGGACUACGAAGUCGAUGCUAAUGGCAAGAAGAAGGUGCACAAGCUGCGUCUGUCAGUGGACGACCUGAUCCCGGGCGCUGAGCCGUCCAGCAAGGCUAAGAAGGGCAGCAAGAGGAAGCGCUCGCCCUCGCCGCCGCCGCAGAAACAUGCCAAGAGGAAGAGCCGUAUAACAAAACGGCGGGAGAAUGACGUGGAUGAAGAAGAAGACAAUGCGUCCAGAGAUAACACCGACGCCGCGCCUACGCCUGAGAAUGAACGCUCUGCUGAUACGGCCGCGGCGGGUUCGGGUGGUGCCAGCGAGGCGCUGGGCGCGAGCGAGGCGCCGGCCACGCCCGCGCCGCCACUCGAUGCUCACGACGACUCGCAGGGCAAGCACUCAGACUCCAACACACAGGAAAUGCUAACUAAAGAAGAGUUAGAAGACAAUGUGACAGAUCAGACCCACCAUAUUGUGGUACCAUCGUAUUCAGCGUGGUUCGACUACAACUCGAUACACACUAUUGAGAAGCGAGCGCUGCCUGAAUUCUUUAACGGCAAGAACAAGUCGAAAACGCCGGAGAUUUAUCUCGCUUACAGGAACUUCAUGAUCGACACGUACCGGCUGAACCCGACGGAGUACCUGACGAGCACGGCGUGUCGGCGCAACCUGGCGGGCGACGUGUGCGCCAUCAUGCGCGUGCACGGCUUCCUCGAGCAGUGGGGGCUCAUCAACUAUCAGUUGGAAGCGGAGUCCCGUCCGACGGCGAUGGGUCCGCCGCCCACGUCGCACUUCCACGUGCUGUCCGACACGCCGUCCGGCCUGCAGCCGCUCGUCACCCGGCCCACGCAACCCAGACCCGCGGAGAAUGUGCCAAAAGUGGAGCCAGGCUUACCCAACGGCGCGGAAGCGGGUGCGGGUGCCACACCCCCAGUCCCGCCUAUCAAGCCGGAGCCUUCUCUAGACCUCGGAUCGGCGCCUGGAUUGAAACUAGAUCAGUACCGCGGCGGCGCCCGAGGCCGAGCAUGGACGGAACAAGAGACUCUCCUACUCUUGGAAGCUUUAGAGCUGCACCGCGACGACUGGAACCGCGUGGCAGCACACGUGGGCACGCGGACACAGGACGAGUGCAUCCUGCACUUCCUGCGCCUGCCCAUCGAGGAGCCUUAUCUACAUGAUCCGCAGGCUGGAGGCGUUCUCGGCCCACUAGCAUAUCAGCCGAUCCCCUUCAGCAAGACCGGCAACCCCGUCAUGAGCACGGUCGCGUUCCUCGCGUCCGUGGUGGACCCGCGCAUCGCGUCUAAAGCUACCAGAGCCGCUAUGGAAGAAUUCGCUGCUAUUAAGGACGAAGUCCCGGCAGCGAUGAUGGAGGCGCACGUGAAGGCGGCGGGCGCGCACGGGCCGGCGGCGGCGCUGGCCGCCACCGGCAUCGCCGGCACCGCGCCGGAGCUCUCGCCUACACCUGAACCCAAGAAAGAGGGUUCUUCAGAUAUCAAGGCUGAGCCCAUGGAGGUAGAGGAAGGUGAGGCCAAGGUAAAGGACGAGCCGGCUGAAACACCCGCAGCGCCUGAAGCUGAGAAGGAGCCGAAAGAGGAACCCGCCGCAACGCCAGCAGCAGAAAAACCCGAAGGCCCAGCGACCGUAGACGCGAAGCUCCAAUCAGCCGCGGCCGCCGCCCUCGCCGCCGCCGCCGUCAAGGCGAAGCAUCUCGCCGGCGUCGAGGAACGCAAGAUCAAGUCGCUUGUAGCUUUGUUAGUCGAGACGCAGAUGAAGAAACUCGAGAUCAAGCUCAGGCACUUUGAGGAGUUGGAAGCUACUAUGGAGAGGGAGAGAGAAGGACUGGAAUACCAGCGGCAGCAGCUGAUUCAAGAGCGACAGCAGUUCCAUCUCGAGCAACUCAAGGCAGCAGAAUUCCGCGCCAGGCAUCAGGCACAUCAAAGGUUACAAGCGGAGAGUGGUCCCGCGGCAGUGGCGGCAGCCGCCGGCGCCGCCGCGCCGCCCGACGCCGCGCCCGAGCCCGCGCCGCCCGCACACGCAUAAACACAUACACAUACCCCAUACGAUGUUACACAUAAGCUAUAUAUAAGAUUAGACAUAACUAUCGAAUUAUGAAGUAGGGAUGCUGACAAAAAAUGUAUUGGUCUGUUGAAAAAUAUUGGACACGUAUUUUUUUAUAAAAUAAAUCAUCAUAAUCAAUGGAAUUUACUCACGGUGAGUUGCACCAUUUAUAAAAAUGGUUCGGUUAUACCGAACUAUUUUCAGUGGUCAAAUCGCAUUUUGACCAAUGGGCGGCAAUUUCACAGCUAGUUAUGGUGUGGUUAUCGUUAUAGUUAAAUGAUACAACUCACCCUAAGAUUAGAUUUCGAGGGUUUGGCGCAUUAUUUAGAUCAUGGAAGUUUAAAAAAACAUGUCUAAUAUUUUUUGCUUAUAUAGAAGACGGACUACUUAACUGUUUUUUGUUAACAUCCCUUUUAUGUUUGUGAUCUGUGCGAACUAAGCGUGAAAGUGUAUAUCAAUAAGUAUUCUCAAAUUAUUUGUAAGCGUACAUUACGACUUUAUCAAAUAAAAGCUGUCGACGGCAGCGGUAUUGUUUCAGUCUGCGCUGUCAUUUUGUCCCGCGUUAUCGACUUGUAACUGUUUACGUUCACUUUUAUUUGUCAAAGAAGCAUUUUAUCGUUUUAUUGCGUUUGACAUGUUUUGGAAACAUUUGAUUCACAGUUGUACAGAAAACAAUCUCAGGUGCGGUACUGCACGGAGUACCGUUAGUAAAUUUAUUUUAAUUUAAAUAAGUAUUAAGAUUAAAAUAAAUAAUGUUUUUAAUAAUA